AUGGAGCCAUCUGUUGCACGGGAAGAACACGAAGAAUCGUUGGAACCAAUCACAGGGAACUCCCUUCAACGUCGCCGGUAUUGCCUUUACAUGAAUGAGGGCGAUGUAUUACGGGCGGAGAGGGGUGAAGCAACCACUUCACAACAGCAGCCGGUGAUAAAAAAGGCUAAUCCUGCUCCGAUUGGGUUGCUUGGUUUUGGCAUGUCAACGAUUCUUCUCAACCUACACAACACUGGGCAGUAUAACCUGACGACAGCGGUGAUUGGAACGGGAAUCUUCUACGGUGGGUUGGCGCAAAUUAUUGCGGGAAUACUGGAGUAUUUACGUGGAAAUACGUUUGGCUAUGUGGCGUUCGUGUCUUACGGCUGUUUUUGGCUCUCGUUGGUUGGCGUGUGGCUGCUACCCAACAAUAGCAGAGAUGAAAAACAAAUACCAUUUUCCACAGAUUCCUAUUUUCUUGGAGUUUACCUGUUACUUUGGGGAAUCUUUACCCUUGCCAUGUUUCUCUGCACAUUGCGGACCAAUGUGGCUCUCAUGACAAUUUUUUUAUCUUUGACCAUACUUUUUGCGUUGUUGGCUGCUGGUAACAUGUCGGGUUCAUCCACAACGAUAAAGGUUGCUGGAUUUGAAGGCAUUUUCUGCGGCAUCUCAGCGUUUUAUUUGGCCCUUGCAGAAAUUAUCAAUGAAACCUACGGCCAUGAGUUAUUCCCCGUUCUACCCGCAGAGAAACUCUACAGCACGCGCAAAUCACAAUCAGGUAAACAGCCCGUACCACCCGUUUGA